AGGAGGUUGGCGGCCGCAGACCCAGCUCCGGUCUCACCCGGAUGGCGGCUGUGAGGCGCGGCUGUUGGCUGUGGGGCUCGCUCCUCGGGCUGCUCGGGCUGGUCUCGGCCGCGGCCGCCGCCUGGGACCUGACUUCGCUGCGAUGCAACUUCGGCGCCUUCUGUGAAUGUGACUUCCGGCCCGACUUCCAGGGUCUGGAGUGUGACCUGGCGCAGCACCUGGUGGGCCAGCAUUUAGCCAGGGCGCUGGUGGUGAAGGCACUGAAGGCCUUCGUGCAGGAUCCAGCCCCCACCAAGCCACUGGUCCUCUCUCUGCAUGGCUGGACUGGCACCGGCAAGUCCUAUGUCAGCUCCCUGCUGGCACACUACCUCUUCCGGGGUGGUCUCCGCAGCCCCCAUGUGCACCACUUUUCCCCGGUCAUCCACUUCCCCCACCCCGGCCACCUGGAGCGCUACAAGAAGGACCUGAAGAGCUGGGUCCAGGGAAACCUCACUGCCUGCAGCCGCUCUCUCUUCCUCUUCGAUGAGAUGGACGAGCUGGCCCCAGGCCUGAUAGAGGUCCUGAGACCUUUCCUGGGCCCCUCCUGGGUUGUCUAUGGGACCAACUAUCGCAAAGCCAUCUUCAUCUUCAUCAGCAACACUGGCGGUGAGCAGAUCAACCAGGUGGUGCUGGAGGCAUGGCGCAGCCGCAGGGAGCGCGAGGAGAUUCGCCUGCAGGAGCUGGAGCCGGUUAUCUCCCAGGCCGUGCUGGACAACCCGAACCAUGGCUUCUGGCGCUCGGGCAUCAUGGAAGAGCAUCUCCUGGACGCCCUGGUGCCCUUCCUACCUCUCCAGAGGCACCAUGUGCAGCACUGUGUGCUCAACGAGCUUGCCCAGGACCAAGAGCUCCCUGGGGCAACGACUGUGCCAUUCAUGCCUGUAACCAGUGUCCAGCACAGGCCUGGCCCUAGGACGCUCAACGCAUUUGCUGAAUGGCAGGAAGGCGGCUGGCCGCUGCUACUCCCGUCCCUCCCCGGGACCCAGAGCAGCAUUCUUGCGUUUUUUACUUUUGUCCCCUCCACGCUGGCACCUUUCAGAAUUGAGGGUAAAAGCCCCCUGGACGUGCACAGGCUUCGUGGGCUUAUUUCAGGGAGAGGCCAAGGGGGUAGAGAGAAGAGAGACAGGCCUGAGCGGGGAAUGAGGGUGGAGCAGGCAGCAACUGUGAAGCGCCUCGCGGUGAGAGCCGGCCUCGCGGGCUGUGUGCUGGGCAUCGCUGAGGGCUCCCUGUGCCCCCCGCAAAGCUGGGAUGACUCCUCCCACUCCACACUCACACAGCUGUGACAGCAGAGCCCAAAUUCACACUCAGGCCUGGGAGUCCCUGACCCCUGACCUUUGCCCUCCCUGCUGCGUCGGCUCACUCAGGUCUGGCAGGAGCAGGGGGACUUACAGCCCAAGAUGGAGCCUGAAGAGGUCUGGCUGAUGUAGCUGUCGGUCAGGGACCUCUCCUUGCUGGGACCCGGCACCAGCUUCUCCUAGGGCAAGAGACAGGCUGCAUGAUCACUGGCUGCACGGUCACAGUGGCCGCAGCUCUGUAAGUCCAGCCGCUUAGAGCUCCUCGAGGGUCGCAGGUUAGGGCUGGAUGGGGACAUGGAGAGGUUGACUGGACAGGAGGGGGCGUGGCCAGGUUAGACAGGUGUGGCCACGUGAGAAAAGCAGUGUCAAGAGGCUCUUGGGCCUCAUCUCUCUAUCUGCAAAAUGCAAAUUAGUUCAAUUGUGGGAUAGGCUUCUGUGAACUGUGAAGUGCUGUGUCCGGGGAAUGGCUAGUGAGAAACUGAGGACCUUCUCCGUGUUUCAUCUCCCUGCGCAUCUGGGAGGGAACUCGCCUGCCACUGCCAUUUCCCGGACCAGGAAACACCUAAGCAGCUGCCCUGGGCACUCGGCUAAGAGGCAGAGAAGCAGGGCUGGAAUCCAAGUCAGGGGGACUCUGCGGCCAGGCUCUUGGCCCGGCUCUCGGCUGCUGGUCGCACUUGCAGGCCGCGGGAAAUGUGCGGGAGUGAGAUGCGAUGCGGGAGCGGGCAGGGCUGCGGAGCACUCAGCAGGGACCCCACGAUGACUUCAGGGCGUACACAGACCCAAGUUCUGUAUUUUUGUAUCCUAAUGUGAGCUAGGAAAACGUAGAGCUUGCCUUUCCCAUUUCUGGCAAGGGAUGCUGGCACUCCGUUUACUUCGAUGGUUAAAGUCUACCUUGAACACAAUUUACUUGCUGUCCAUCAGCAGUCGAGUGGAUAAAUAAACGGCAGGAUAUUCGCAGGA